AUGUCCAUUGCAGAACCAAUUCAUGUUAAUGAAUUACCAAAACCUGGAGAAAUUUCUCGAUUAAAGGAUAAUUAUAUUGAAGGGGAACCAUUAAAACUUAUAUUGCAAGAUGAACAACAUUUAACUGAAACUUUAUGGUGGCCUUCAAAAAGUAAUGAUGAAAAUUAUAUCUUGUUUGUAAUCCCGGGAAAUCCUGGUGUAAUUGAUUAUUAUGUUGAAUUCUUGAGUACAGUUCAUAAUGAGCUUGGAAAGAAAAUUGACAUUGUUGGAGCUUCAAUGCUUGGACACUCUUACGGGCCACAUAAUUUAGGCUUAAAAAAUCUUUAUUCUCUUCAAGAUCAGAUCGAUCAUAAAAUUCAGUUUAUUGAUAAAUUAAAAUCAAGAUUCACUUCUCAAGGAGAUGAGAAACAACCUAAAUUUAUUAUUUGUGGACAUUCGAUUGGUGCUUACAUUGGUGCUCAGGUGUUGAAAGCGAGACCAAAUCAUGGAAUUGAAAUGGUUUACUCGUUAUAUCCUACUUUGCAACAUAUCGUAAAGACACCUAAUGGCAUUAUGAUGAAUGUAAGUUAUUUAUCAUCCUUAGUUUUAGCUGCUUCAUUUGUUUCGAAUUUACGAUAUUUCAUCCCGCCAACUUUCUUCAAAUUCUUGGUUUCUAGUUUGACCCGGCAAAAAGAAUCAAUGCUAAACAUAACAUUAUCGGCUCUUCUACACGGACAUGUCGUGGAAAACACAUUAUAUAUGGCGAGUAGUGAGAUGGAAACAGUAUGCGAGCUAGAUGAAGAAUUCUAUCGUGAAAAUUUAGGCAAAUUCAUAUUUUAUUUUAGUGAAGGUGAUAAAUGGGCACCGCUUGAACAUUAUGAAGAUAUGAAAAAAAGGUUUCCUGAAGGGAAAGUGUUACUAUGUGAAAAAAAUACUCCACACGCUUUCGUAUUGAGUCAUGGUGACAUUAUUGGGAAAAUAGUUGCUGGAUGGAUUGUUAGUAAAACGACACGUGAUCUCACUAUUGAUAAUUAA